GCACCUGAUCUUUUAGAUCCUAAAUCAGCCACACACAACACCAAACCACGGCUGUCAUUCUCCUCCAAGCCCAUUGUAUAUAACUCGGGGGAUGAUUGUGAUACCAUAACCACCGUAAUGAAGUGGAAAACAGUAGUGGCAAUCUUCCUGCUGGUUGUUCUGUAUCUGAUAAUAGGAGCCACGGUGUUCAAAGCCCUGGAACAGCCCCAGGAGAGCACUCAGAAGUACCUCAUCAUUCAAGAGAAAAUUAACUUCCUUUCCAGGCAUGCCUGUGUCAAUGCCUCUGAACUGGAGGACCUGGUCAAGCAAGUGGUGUUUGCUAUCCGGGCCGGGGUCAAUCCUUCGGGUCACCCCUCCAAUGAGAGCAGCAUGUGGGACCUCAGCAGCUCCUUCUUCUUUGCAGGGACUGUCAUCACCACUAUAGGCUUUGGAAACGUCUCUCCACACACUAAAGGAGGCAGGAUCUUUUGCAUUAUCUAUGCCCUGCUGGGGAUCCCUCUCUUUGGGUUCCUAUUGGCUGGAGUGGGCGAUCAGCUGGGAACCAUAUUUGGCAAAGGAAUCGCCAAAGUGGAAAAGAUGUUUGUGAAAUGGAACGUGAGCCAAACUAAAAUCCGUGUGACAUCCACGGUCCUGUUCAUCCUGUUUGGGUGCCUGCUGUUUGUGGCCCUUCCCGCCCUCAUCUUCCAACACAUUGAAGGCUGGAGCACUCUGGAGUCCAUCUAUUUUGUUGUCAUCACUUUAACCACUAUUGGAUUUGGAGACUUUGUGGCAGGAGGCUCUGAGAUUGAGUAUUUGGACUAUUAUAAGCCCAUCGUGUGGUUCUGGAUCCUGGUGGGUCUUGCCUACUUCGCUGCAGUCCUCAGUAUGAUUGGAGACUGGCUUCGGGUCAUCUCCAAGAAGACCAAAGAGGAGGUGGGAGAGUUCCGCGCUCACGCUGCAGAAUGGACAGCUAAUGUGUCAGCGGAAUUCAAAGAGACACGUCGCCGCCUGAGUGUGGAAAUUUAUGACAAGUUUCAGCGAGCAGCGUACAUCAAGCGCAAGCUGUCAUCAGAGCUAGGCCAAAACCCAGGACAGGACAUGAUGCCAUGCAAGAGAACCCUGUCUGUAAACUUCACAGAUGAACUUGAGAAAGAUGGUCUCCCGAGCUUGACCAGAAAUGGCAGCCUGUACCUGAACGGUCUUACCCCGGACUGCCCCGAUCACGGCAAGAUAUCCAUCAUUGAACAUCUCAAAUAAAGCUCAAGCUUCUCCUGCACACGCGAAAACAGAACAGGAAGAUACAUUUGUGUCUACAAAAGCUAUAUCAGGAGCGUUCAUAUCUUUCCUGGAUGUAGACUGAUCUACUAGAAUCAGUGAGAGGGUGACUUUAUGCCUUGUGACAGUCAGAUGAAUCUGUCUAUACAUUUUGUAGGAAUUAAGAUGUUUGAUAAAGUCUUGUGUUCUUGCACAAAACAUGAAAGCAGCUUUUAUUAUCCAGUGAAUUAUAUUCGUGCCUUAAAAUCACCAGGAAUGGACUUCCCAGAAGCUGCUACACUGAUACUGAAAAAGUUUUUUUUUUUAAUCUUGUCCAAACACAAGCAAAUGUAAUUGGUUUUUGGAUGUGUAUCCCAAGCCCAGCAUCUGUGGUCGUCUGUUCAAAAACCAUUACAGGGUAUGAGGCAAGAAUAUCUGAGCUUUUAUGCUACUGACAGAGCUGUGACUGGUGGUUCACCAGUUUAGUUUAUAUCUUUCGUUAACACAUGGAUUUUUUUUUAAAUCCACAUACACAUUCUGUUUAAAAGCAGCUGUGACCAACAAUACAUGAAACAAUGCUGGAGUGGAGGAAUCUCAGCUUGUUUCAUUGCAUUAAUUUAGAUGUGAUUUGCACCAAUAGCAUGAUUCUGUAAGCAAAUGAAAGUUUUUGACUGAAUUGGUCAUAAUUGGAAAUAUGUCCAAAACACAAUCAUUAACAUUUCAUUGGCUGCUGAAUAAAGAGAGUUCUGUAUUAAUGCAAUGUAUAAAUAUAUUUAUAGCAUAAAUACAUUGUAUGGCAGUUAUAUUUGCCUUAACCUGCACAAGGUUUAAAGUGAUAGCUCAACCAAAAAUUACUUUCUGCCAUCAUUAACUCAACCUUAUGUUGUUCCUUAUGUAUAUAAACUUAUUUUAACCAUUUGACAUUCCACUUUAAUUUAGUUGAACAGCAUUUACUUAAAGAACUAAAACUGAAAUAAAAUGAAUUAAAAGACAUUUUUGAUUAGGGAACAAAUUCACUAUUAACAAAGAGUUUCCAUCAAUAAAGUUGUAAUAUGCUGCUUAUUGAUAGUAAGUAGUGGUUAUGUUUAGGUAAUGGACAGAGUUCAGGGACCUAGAAUAUGCUCAUGGAGAAUAAGACUUUAAUAUGUGCUUUAUAAGUACUAAUAAACAGCCAAUAUGCUAGUAAUAUGCAUGCUUAGAAGCAACUUGCUAUAGUUAGAAUAGUGUUCCCUAAUAUAGCAUGUAACCAAAACUACUAAAAAUGACAAAAACACAAUAAAAUUAGUAAUCAUCAAAAUUAAAAUGGAAAAUAUACAGUUCAAAAUAUUAACAAAACUAUAAUAGUAUCUCAGUGAUUCUAACAUAACUAAUGUAACUGACUUUCUUCAUUGUAACACAACAAAUCAUUCUUUUGAUAUGAAUUUUUUCAGUGAAUUGCUUUCAGAUUUAGUCAUGAAAAUCUUAUGGUUUAAAAUGGCAUUAGUGUGAAUAAAUGAUGACAGAAUUUGACUUUUAGGUGAAGUUUUUCUUUCAAUUCACUUACUUUAAAGCCAAAUGUCACUUGAUGACAGUGGAAGCUGGUGAACAGAAGCAUGGCCAAAGAUAAGAGUGUUUUAUCACCGCUUGAGAUAAAACUAUGACUUUUCAGACUUUUCUUUUGUCACAAGCAACUAUUUUGUCAUAUGUUUUUAAUAAUAGCAUUUAUGUGCCAUUAUGUGAUGCUUUGAGGAUUAAAUGUACUGGAGGAAUGACCAUGAAUGUUCUGUCAAAUGCAUAAAGGUUUUGUGUCAAUGCUAAGUGGAUAAUAUACAAUAAUAAUAGAUUUCAGACAAAUAGAUUGCAUAUAACAACCCUCAGUAGACUGAAAGAAAAAACAAAAUCAAUCAGGUGCAUACAACCUUUUAGCUUUCUUUUUAUUAUUAUUAUUGCAAAAGCUUUAUUUUUUACACAUGAACUGAAACAUUGCCUGUAUCAUCUCUUCAUAGUGUAUUAUUAGGUUUUCAAUGAGAAGUAUGAAUGGAAAGACUUUCAACACCAGCUAAACAUCCAGUUCAUUACACUUUUUCAAUGAUGAAAUGCGGUUUAUUCAGACAAGAUAUACUCAUUUCAUUGUAAUGAUAUUUUCUGGUUUUAGAAUACUGAGAAACUGGAAAAUCGAAAAUAUUUUUCACUAUUUUCUUGCCUAGAUUUUAACGCAUUUGAUUUGUCAGCUGAUUGUCAGAGGAUCAGUGCCAUACUUACUGUAAUAACAGUAUGCUCAUCUUGCCUUUGCUCUGUUUUCACAAGAUAACUUUUGAAAACUUGUUAAGCGUUGAUUGUUCUUGCUAUGCUAAUAUCUUUGUGCUUUUUUUCAGCAGCAUUUUUAUGAGCAUUUCUUGAGCAUUAUUUGUGGUGUUUCUACACAGUUUUAAAUCUCUGUGCUUUGCCUUUAAAGAAGCAGAAUAAACAAACCAAUAUUCGUAUUCUU